UUAAUCAGAAGCAGCUAUCUCAACUAGUACAUAUCCAUGGCAGCAGCUAAUUCUCAUCAACCUGUCUUGGUUUUGUUCACUACUUUUGUUGUUGCAGCUGCUAUUGUGUUGGCCCCAACUACGUGCACUGCUCAACUCACUUGUGAUUUCUAUCAGCAGUCCUGCCCUCAGGCAUUGCAAACCAUCAGAUCAGUUGUCAACGAAGCUAUUAAUCGGGAGAGGCGCAUGGGAGCAUCGCUCCUACGCUUGCACUUUCAUGACUGCUUUGUCAAUGGGUGUGAUGGAUCGAUUUUGCUGGACGACACAGUGAACUUCACAGGUGAGAAGACGGCGGGUGCGAAUCUGAACUCUGUUAGAGGUUUUGAUGUAAUUGAUGAAAUUAAAGCAACCCUCAAUACAUAUUGCAAUGGCAAUGUGGUCUCAUGUGCUGAUAUCUUAGCAGUUGCAGCUCGUGACUCGGUUGAGAUUCUGGGAGGCCCUUCCUAUUCCUAUGAAGUACAAUUGGGUAGAAGAGAUGCAACAACUGCAGUCUUGGAUGAUGCAAACAGAAAUCUUCCUGCUCCAACUUUCGACUUCUCUCAGCUUCUCUCCAUCUUUCAAUCUCAUGGUCUAGGCCUGCAAGAUCUGAUCCUCCUCUCAGGGGGCCACACCAUUGGACUAGCUAGAUGCACCACCUUCAGGGACAGGAUUUACAAUGACACCAAUAUAGACCCUGAGUUUGCAGCCUCCUUGAAAGAGGGUUGUCCUGUAAAUGGUGGAGACGACAACACGACGCCAAUAGACUCAACCACAACGCAGUUUGAUACCGUGUACUUCAAGUCUUUGCUGCAGAAAAAAGGUCUCUUCCAUUCUGAUCAGGAGCUCUUUAAAAGUGAUGGCAGUGAUAGCGAUAAUCUGGUGCAGCAUUACGCUAAUAGCCCCGAGGAUUUCAAAGUAGAUUUUGGGGCUUCCAUGAUCAAGAUGGGUAACAUAAACCCCCUCACUGGAUAUGCUGGUGAGAUAAGGCUCAAUUGCAGGAAAAUCAACUAGGACUAAAAUAUGUCCACUCAAAGUAACAGAGUAAAGCAACAUUGGAGAGUUGUUAUGUCCAUUGUGUAAAACAUUUAAAAUCUAGUUUGAAUAAUUGCUGAACUCUUUUAUUAAUA